AAAAAAAAGGCCGUAUUUGUACAUUCGUAAAUUGUGGGUUUAAUUUUAUUCAUAGUUUGUUUGAUUUGCUUUUUUGGGUGCAAAAAUACGAAGUCCCUCAGAAAACAUCAAGACUUUCCUUUCCCAACGUUCAUCAUUUCUUGUCUUUCGUUUGUAGGAUGACUUCCUCAUCAAAUUCUUUGGAGUUGACUUUGGAAAAUCGUCCAUUUACUGCAAAAUGGUGCCCUGCUUCUUCCAGUUGUUCAAAUCUGCUAGCUAUAGGACAUGAUACUGGUAUAACGGUUUAUAAGGCUACUGAAUUUGCUAACGGGGAGCCCUCGAUGAAGGACCUAGUCAAACUCUAUACUAUACAUAUAGGCUUGCCGGUUCUUCAAUUGGCAUUCUCCGCUAAUUGCAUAUGUUCAGAAAAUGAGAAAGAAGAAAAGCCACAACAAGAUAUUCAAAUGGAAGGGCUAUUGGAGAACAACAUUUUAGAUAAUUAUACCUUAUGCUUUGCAUGUGCAUGCGAGGAUAAUACAGUUCGACUGAUAAUUGCGCGUAAUGACUCGAUAAUAACCCAGCACGUUUUAGGAGGAAAAUCUGGACACCACAGCUUUGUUAAUGCUAUCGAUAUUGUUGAUGUAUAUUCUGCAGACAAUAAACUUGCAGAACAAGUGAUAGCAUCGGUCGGUGAUGACAACACUCUAAUCAUCUGGAGACUUACAGAUAAUGGCCCUGUUCUGGCCGGAUAUUCUCUAUCCUCCCCUGGUAUUAGCGUUGAAUUUCAUCCAGUAAAUCCUAAUCACUUGCUCGUUGGAGAGAAAUCUGGAAAUGUACGAGUUUUCGAUUGGACUAGUCCUCCUAAUAACACUGAUGAAUCGAUGGGCCAGGAUGUUUCUGAACAGGUCUCAUCGAUCACACCUUGGCUUUAUACCUUGAAUGUUUCACAGGUUGUCCAUAGUUAUCGAAAUGCUGGGUUAGCAUCGACUUUAGCGAACGCCCGUUGGGUUGGUCCUGAUGGCACCAGCAUCUUAGUAGUUUGUAAGAGUGGUGCUUGGUUACGUUGGGAUUUGUUUGCAAAAGCAGGAAAUGGAAGUUAUGACAUGGAAGAGGAUGUAGGAUAUCCCCAACCCCGAACGCUUCUACCUGAUCACCAGGGUGCUUCUCUGUUCCCAACGUUCUGCGGAGCCUGUCCCCAUCCUCGAUACCCUGAUUACUUUAUGACUGCCAGUUCUCAACGCCAAGGGACACUUCAACUUAUUAAUGUUGCGGAGAAAGGCUCCAGUCCAAAUCCUGUACAAUUGGAUGGUUUGAUUGUUGGUAUGGACUGGCACAGGAAUGGUAACUAUGUGGCCGUGAUUACAGAUUCAUCCUUAUAUAUUACAAAAGUAAUGGGUUAAAAAUAGAAUGAAUAAAGAAAAAAGUUAUUAUGAACCAGUUUUUAAAGAGUAAAAUUCGCUAUAUACAUUACAUUCCCUUUUUGUUUUCCCCUGA